AUGCCACCCCAUGGAGGGGUGUUUGUGGGUCUCUGGCUGCUGCUGGCCCCCAGCCUCGCCGAGCACCCCCCCAGCUCGGGGUGGGCCACCUUAGCCUUCGUGUUUGAUGUCACCGGCUCCAUGUACGACGACCUGGUGCAGGUGAUGGACGGGGCCUCGCGCAUCCUGGAGCGGACGCUCAGCAGGAGCAUGAAGCCCAUCAGCAACUAUGUGCUGGUCCCAUUCCAUGACCCAGAGGUGGGACCCAUCACCCUCACCACAGACCCCCGGCUCUUCCAGCGGCGCCUGCGGGAGCUCCAUGUCCAGGGCGGAGGGGACUGCCCGGAGAUGAGUGUAGGAGCCAUCAGGCUGGCUGUGGAGGUCUCACACCCCGGCUCCUUCAUCUAUGUCUUCUCUGAUGCUCGGGCCAAGGACUAUGAGCAGCAGGAGGAGCUGCUGCGGCUGCUGCAGCACAAGCAGACCCAGGUGGUGUUUGUGCUGACGGGGGACUGCGGGGACAGGAGCCACCCUGGGUACCGCGUGUACGAGCGCAUCGCCACCACCAGCUCUGGGCAGAUCUUCCACCUGGACAAGCAGCAGGUCUCAGAGGUGCUAAAGUGGGUGGAAGAGGCCAUCCAAGCUUCCAAGGUCCAUCUGCUGUCUACGGACCAUGAGGAUGGUGGGGAACACACGUGGCCCGUCCCCUUUGACCCAAGCCUGAAGGAGGUCACCAUCUCCCUGAGUGGUCCUGCCCCAGAGAUCGAGGUCCGGGAUCCAGCAGGAAAGAUCCUUGGGAAAGGCCAAGGUCUGAAGGAACUGCUCAGCAUCCCCAACUCAGCCAUGGUGGUGGCUGUGGAGCCCCACGAGCCAGGGACAUGGUUGGUCACGACCCAGAGCAGUGGCCGUCACUCACUCAGGAUCACAGGCAUCAGCAACAUCAAUUUCCAAGCCAGCUUCUCCACCCAGCCAGACUUUGAUGCCAGUCAGCCCGGAGAGCGGCCGGUGCAGGGUCUGCCCAUCUCCGUGGUGGUGAACUGCUCCGGCCUGAAGCCACCCGGGCACUUGCAGGAGGUUGAGCUCUUCAACACCUCCGGCCAUGCCCUGCUCUCGCUGCCCAUGCGGCCCCUCUCCAACAGCUCCUUGGGGCAGCUCUGGGUGGCCUCUCCACUCCAUGUCCCCCCGGGUGACUUUCUGCUGAAGGUGAAGGGUGAAGAUGCUGAGGGCCACCCCCUGCAUCGCCUCUCCGGGGUCACCUACACCAGUGUGGUUGCCGGUCUACCCAAAGUGAACAUCUCCAGCAAGAUCCAGGCUUACAACCGUGAGCCACAGCUGAUCUCCUGCUCCGCAUGGAGCGAGGUCCCUUUCCGACUGCAGCUCAGCCGUGGUAGGAUGAAGCUUGGGGAAGAGCGGUUCUUCUGGAAUUCAGGGAACAUCAGCUGGUUCAUCCCUGUGGUGUCCAAGAGUGAUGAAGGGUUUUAUGAGUGUACAGCCAAGAGCAAGGUUGGGGUGACACGGGCACGUGCCUACAUCGUUGUCUCAGAGCCACCACCGCGUCUCAUAGCUCCGGCCAACAUCACCGCUUCCCUGGGCCAAGACGUGGUCAUGUCCUGCCUGGUUCUGGGCGACGUGCCCUACAACCUGACGUGGAGCUGGGAUGGGAAGGCAGCACAGCCAGGGGACGGCCGGACCCGGCUGCUGCAGAACCACUCGCUGGAGAUCAGCCACGUGCAGCCGGGGGACGGGGGCCAGUACGAGUGCAUGGCACAGAGCGCCCAUGGCACGGCCACCGCCUCCCUCUGGCUCUUCAUCGAGGAGGCUCCGUGGGUGAUGGUCGACGCCAGCCCCCAGCGUUUUGGCAGGGGCCAGGAGCUGCGGCUGAACUGCACGGCCGGGGGCCACCCUCUGCCCCACACUGCGUGGAAGCGCUGGGGCUGGGUGCUGGAGCAGAAUGAGAGGGUUUUCACGGAUGCUCGGGGUACCCUGCACAUCAGGGCUGCUAUCCCAGAGGAUGCAGGGAAUUACAGCUGCUAUGCCAGCAGUGCGCUGGGCUGGGAUGAGCAAGUCAUCACCCUGGAGUUCACCGAGCCUCCUGUCAUCCUGGCACUGACACCCAGCCUGAAGGCACUGGUUGGAGAAGAUGUCACCUUGGAAUGCUGGGUUUUCGGGGUGCCCCCACCUUACAUCGCAUGGUACAAAGGCGAGCAGGCAGUGGCGACGUUCCCGCACGGCACACAGCGUGCGGUCCUGCGGCUGCAGGCGGUGCAGGAGGAGGAUUCAGGGCGAUACGGCUGCGAGGGGCUCAGCGAGGCUGGCGUCGCCUUCGACAGCACCAUGCUGGAUGUGGGCUCUGCCCCUCACUUUCCUGAGCCCUUGGGGGACAUGGAGGUCGAGGUCGGGGAGCCCGUGCGCCUGCUGUGCCGUGCCGAGGGCUCUCCAGCACCGCGGGUCUCCUGGUCCCGGCAGGACGGGAAGCCCGUGACGGGCUGGCAUGAGCCUCAUGGUGUUUCCAGCCAGCUGGAGGCUGCCGAGCUCCUCAUGGACAGUGUCUCACUGGAUGACCAAGCCAUCUACAUCUGCAAAGCCCAGAAUGAGUUUGGGAAGAUCCAAGCGGAGAUCAAGCUCAUGGUCACCGGUCACGCCCCAGAAAUAGCUCUUGCAUCCCCUGUGGUCCGUGUGCUCCUAGGCCAGCCCGUGUCGCUGCCCUGUGUGAUCCUGACUGGGAAGCCAUUCCCGGCCCGACGCUGGCUGAAGGAUGGGCAGCCGGUAGUCCCAAGUGGACGCUACUCCAUCAGGGCUGAUGGAAGCCUGCAUGUGGACCAGGCAUUGCAGGAGGAUGUGGGCAGGUACACUUGUGAGGUGACCAAUGCCCUUGGCUUGCACAGGCAGGACAUGUCCUUGGUCAUCCAUGUUCCUCCCAGCAUUGAGCUUGGCCCUGUCCUCAUCACUGCUACUGAGGGAGCACCCGUCACCCUGCAGUGCAAUGCCACUGGUGUGCCCUCCCCUACUGUCUCUUGGACAAAGGGCACAGAGCCCAUUUCACUGAGCUCACGCUACCACCUUGACCCUGAUGGGACCCUCCUGAUCCCUUCAUCCUCCCCUGAGGACACUGGGACCUACUUCUGCACAGCUACCAAUGCAGCAGGCUUCUCCAGCCAGGAGAUGCAGCUCUCCAUCAGCACCGUGCUCCCAUUCCACCUAGCAAAGCCCAGGAUCAGCGUGAACGGAUCACAGGCAUUGGACCCCAUAACCAUCCUGGCCAUGCUUGGGCAGGAGAUCACCCUGCCCUGCGAGGUUCAGGGGUAUCCCCCUCCCUUGGUGGUGUGGACCCGGGAGUCCCAGCCGCUGCCUUUCACCACCACAAGCUACAGCGUCCUCCCUUCGGGGUCCCUUCAUCUGGCUGAGCUCCGAGUGACAGACACUGGUCUCUACACGUGCACAGCCACGAAUGCUGCAGGGAAUGCCUCGCUCAGCUACAGCCUGCACAUCCAAGUUCCCCCCCAGAUGCUGAUCGGUGAUGGGGAAAGCCAUCUGACGGCUGUCACCAAUGACUCCCUGAGGAUUCACUGUCGUGCCAUAGGCAUCCCCCCACCCCAGAUCCAGUGGCUGAAGGAUGGGCAUCCACUGCACGAGCGGGAUGGCGUGGUGGUGUCUGAGGAUGGUGGGACUCUGCUGAUCACCCGUGUGGGGCUUGACCAUGAAGGGCUCUAUGUCUGCCAGGGCAGCAACCAGGCAGGGGUGACCCAAGCAGAAGUGCAGGUUUUGGUGCAAGUGCCUCCGAAUAUUGAACCCAGUGUGGUGGACCUGGUCAUCCUGGAGAACACCACGGUGUCCCUGGAGUGCCUGGCCUCGGGGCUGCCUGCUCCUGACAUCACCUGGUACAAGGAGCAUGAGCAGCUCUCGGAUGGACCAGGCAGGAUGCUGUCCAGGGAUGGGAAGCACCUGGAGAUCCAGCGUGCCCAGCUCUCUGACACCGGCAGCUACCGCUGUGUGGCCUCCAACGUGGCCGGUGUCACUGAGCUGUGGUACAGCCUGCAGGUGACUGUGCCCCCGUCCUUCUCCUCACCAGAGCCCACUGCUGUGUCCAUGCUGGAGGGACAGUCCAUCAGGCUGGCCUGCGAGUGCCAUGGGAUCCCUUUCCCCACCCUGAGCUGGUGGAAGGAUGGCGAGCCCUUCUCCACUCAGCCUGGGAGCCAGAAGCUGGUGUCCACGGGAGGGAGCGUGGUGUACAUGGAGAAGGUGCGGCUGGAGGACCAGGGGACCUAUACCUGCGAGUGCAGGAAUGCUGCAGGCAGCAGCAGCAAGGAGCAUCGCCUGGAGGUGCAUGCGCUGCCAAGGAUCCAGGGCAGCAGCAAAUCCCUGAGGAAGGUUUCUGUCAUCAAGGAUGGCGAGGUGGUUUUGGAGUGUGAGGCCGUGGGGACACCAACACCCACAGUGACGUGGGUGAAGGAUGGGCAGCCCGUGGCCAGAGGGGACGGGCUCCUGCUUAUGGAGCAAGGGAAGCGGCUGCGCAUCCGCAAGGCAAAGGUGGCCCAUGCAGGACGCUACACUUGCCUGGUGACAAACACAGCAGGGCAGGAGCAGAGGGAGUUUGAUGUUGCAGUGCAUGUUCCUCCUGAGUUCAUUCAAGGAUUAGGAUCGACAACCAACAUCAGCGUCUCUCUGCAAGGAUCCCUGACACUGACCUGUGAGGCCACUGGUGUUCCCCUGCCCACAGUCACCUGGUCUAGGGAUGGGUCUCCCAUCACCCCCAGUGAGCACACACACAUGCUUUCAGGGGGCUGGCUGCUGAGGCUCACCCAUGCACGAGCCCAGGAUGGUGGCCGCUAUUCCUGCCUGGCCAGCAAUGUAGCUGGGGAGGCCAGGAGGCAUUUCUAUGUGGAGGUCCUAGUUCCUCCCCACAUUGAGAACACGGAUGAAGAAGAGAUCACCAAAGUGCCCGAGGGUCACCCUGUCACCUGGUCCUGCCUGGCUGCGGGCAACCCCCAACCUCAGAUCACCUGGUUGAAAGACGGCCACCCUCUGCCCAGCAGGAACACCUUCUCCAUAUCUCCUAAUGGCUCCAUGCUCCACAUCCCCCGAGCCUCCCUGUCUGAUGCUGGCCGCUACUCCUGCAUGGCCUCCAGCUCUGUGGCAAAUCAAACCAAGCACUACCUGCUAGAUGUUUUGGCCAGUCCUACCUUUGCUGGAGAUGCCAAUGAUGCUGCUGCAGAAGAAGUCACAGUGAUUAUCAACAACCCCAUCUCCCUGGUCUGCGAGGCUCUGGAAUACCCAUUAUCCAACAUCACCUGGCUCAAGGAUGAAGUUCCCCUCAAAGCAUCUAGAAACAUCCUCCUGCUCCCUGGUGGCCACGGGCUGCAGAUCCUGAAUGCCCAGGAAGAGGACGCGGGCACGUACAGCUGCAUUGUGGCCAAUGGAGCUGGGGAAGCUGUGAAGAACUACUCCGUGAAGGUCCUGGUUCCUCCCUGGAUUGCCAGAGAUGAGCCUUCAGGUGAAUAUGCUGUGAAGGAGGUGAAAGCCAGCGUGAACAGCACAGUGAUGCUGGAGUGCGAGACCUGGGCUGUGCCUGAGCCCACCAUCCGGUGGUACAAGGACAAGCAGCUCCUGGAAAGUGACGACCACCUCCAGAUCCUCAGCGAGGGGCAGGUCCUUCAGAUCAAACCAGCCAGUGUCUCAGAUUCGGGGCAUUACACUUGUGUGGCCACCAAUGCUGUGGGUGAAGAUGACAGGGACUUCAUUGUGCAUGUCCAAGUGCCACCCCUCUUCCAGCAGCAGACAAGCCCCAAUGAAGCCCUUGAGGUCUUCUAUCGGGAGGAGGACCAGGAUGGGGAGGUGACGGAGCACCGGCAAGCUGUCCUCAACCAGCCCACCGCACUGUACUGCGACACCAACGCCAUCCCACCCCCCCAGCUCACCUGGUACAAGGACGGGGAGCCCCUCUCCCCUGGCCCAGGGCUGCUGAUGCUGCUAGGGGGCCGGGUGCUGGAGCUGCCGGCGGUGCGGGAGGAGGAUGCAGGCAGGUACACAUGCGAGGCAGCCAGUGCGGCGGGACGGGGCCGCCUGCACUACGAGCUGGAGGUGCUGACCGCCCCGGCCAUCCACGGUGCCACGGAGGACCUGGCUGAGGAAGUGACGGCCACCAUCAAUGGCACCGUCCGCUUCAAGUGUGAGGCCACUGGGCACCCGGUGCCUGUGGUGUCCUGGCUCUGGAAUGAUGUCCCUGUUGCGGUUGGCCCACGGCAUCAGCUCCUGGAGGGUGGCACAGUACUGCAGGUGGCUGCAGUGGAGGUGGGUGAUAUGGGCAGAUACACGUGCGUGGCUGAGAACCCGGCCGGGUCAGCUGAGAAGCACUUUGCCCUCACUGUGCACGAAGCUCCCUGGAUUGUGGGCACAAACCCCGAAAGCAUCGAUGGUGUCAUCAAUGGCAGUGUCUCGCUGGUGUGCGAUGUUCGGUCUCACCCCACGGCAGAUAUUGCCUGGUACAAGGAUGGCCACAUCCUGCAACUUGAUGAGGAGGCGACCGUCACCCCAGGCUCACGGGUGCUGCAGCUCUCUCGCCUGCAGCCUUCCAGCUCGGGCACAUACAUGUGCGUGGCACUGAACGUGGCCGGCCAGGAUGAGAAGCGUUUCAUCCUCACUGUCCAUGAGCCCUCUGGCAUCCAGGAUCUGCAGCAGGAGAUGCUCGAAGCUGACAUGGGGACCCCCCUUGUCCUGACCUGCCAAGCCACCGGUGUGGCUGCCCCUGCCAUCACCUGGUUGAAGGAUGGGAGCCCACUUGAGAGCAGCCCGGAGCAGGGCCUGGUGUCCAGUGGGGGUCAGCUCCAGCUCAGCCCCCUCCAGCCCUUCCACCAGGGCCAAUACACUUGCCUGGUGCAGGGCACAGGCACUGAGACACACAAGGACUUCAUGGUGCUGGUGCGAGUGGCACCCCGGAUCACCAGCACGGGGGUCCCCAGUGAGCACAGCGUGCUGGAGGGCGGAGGGGUGAUGCUGGAGUGCCGGGCAGAGGGGCAGCCCACCCCCCGGAUCUCCUGGCUGAAGGAUGGGCAGCCCCUGGGGCUGCAGCCCCCUUCCCAUGCCCGGAUGUCCCCAGAUGGCAGCUCCCUGCUCCUCGAGGGUCUCCAAGCUGCUGACUCGGGGGCAUACACGUGCCUGGCCCGAAACAGCGCGGGUGAAGAUGCACGGCUGCACACACUGAGUGUGUUGGUCCCUCCUAUCAUCCAGAGAGGUGCUGAUGACUCGGAAGUGGUCCGUGGUGUCCUGUCUGCAAUGGUGACACUGGAGUGCCGGGCACGGGGGUCCCCUCCGGUGCAUGUGAGCUGGCUGAAGGACGGGCUGCCCCUGCGCCUGUCCCCCCGUGUCACCCUGCUCUCGGCUGGGCACGUUCUGCGGAUCUCCAAGGCACAAGUGUCUGACGCCGGGCUCUACACCUGCAUUGUUUCCAGCCGGGCAGGGGUUGCUGAUCGCAGCUUCGUCCUGCAGAUACGGGUGCCCCCCGUCCUGGAGAGCCCAGACAGCAGCGAGGAGCAGAUGGUGGCCAAGGGCUCCGAUGUCACGUUCACCUGUGAUGCCACCGGGUCCCCAGCACCGGCAGUGACCUGGCUGAAGGAUGGCGAGCCCCUGGCAUGGCACAGCACUCAGGAGCCCGGCAGCCCGCGGCUGAGCCUGGCGGCCGUGGGGCCAGCCGAUGCAGGGGUGUACUCCUGCCUGGCUGCAAACGAGGUGGGGGAGGCCAGCAAAGCCUUCCACCUCCUGGUGAUGGAGCCACCCCUCAUCAAGGCUGCAUCCCAGCCCACUGAGAUGUCCAUCACCGUGGGCACCCCACUAGAGCUGACGUGUGAGGUGACAGGGGUCCCCAUGCCCACUGUCACCUGGGAGAAGGAUGGACGGCUGCUGGCAGGGCCCUGGCUUGUGUUGCGGAAUGAGAGCACCCUCCACAUAGAGAACACUAAGGUGGCUGAUGCUGGUUUGUACACUUGCCUGGCCACUAGUCCUGCUGGGGAGGACAGCAGGAGCUUCCAUAUCAGUAUCCAAGCACCCCUCAGCAUGGCGAGCAUUGGAGAGACCCCUAGCAUCACUGCUGUGGCAGGGGGGCAGCUCAUCCUGGAGUGCCCAAAGGAUGCUGUGCUGUCCCCCCAUAUCGAGUGGCACCGGGAGGGCUCCCCACUGCAGGAGGAUUCCCGCAGGCAGGUCCUGGCCGAGGGACGCUUCCUGCAGAUCCAGGCUGUGGUGGCAGCGGAUGGUGGGGAAUACAGCUGCAGGGACACCAAUGCACUGGGGGACACCAACUUGCAUGCCCACAUGGAGGUCCAUGUGGCUCCGGAGAUCCAGCCAGGCCCUGAGGAGGUGAGAGCACUGCUCAAUGGCUCUGCCGUGCUGCCGUGCCGGGCACAGGGGUGGCCCGUGCCCCGGGUGACAUGGCGGAAGGACGGACGGCUCCUGCCCCUUCGCAGGAGCAGCAGGCUGCAGCUCCUGCCGGGAGGCUCCCUGCAGAUCAACCCUGUUCAGGUCCAGGAUUCAGGCUAUUACCUCUGCAUGGCGUCCAGCCCUGCUGGCUCCGACUGGCGAGGCCUGGACCUCCAAAUCCUGGUCCCUCCUGCCAUCACCCCCGGGCCCUCCAACCUCACCCUGAUGGCUCAGCAGCCGGCCACACUGGGCUGUGAUGCCUGGGGAUCCCCUGAGCCCCACAUCAGAUGGGAGAAGGAUGGUCACCCCCUGAACCCACACCUCCUACCUGGCGCCUAUAGUUUUCAGUCCUCGGGGUCACUGCUCAUCACCAGCCCUGCUCCCAGGGAUGAGGGGUGGUUUGAGUGCAUCGCCACUAAUGCUGCUGGAGAGGCACGUAAGGUCUUCAGCGUGUCCGUCCAUGUGCCUCCCACUAUUGCCGAUGACCUUACGGAUGUGGUUGUCACCCGGCUGUCCCCCGCUGUCCUUACCUGCUACACAUCCGGCGUGCCCCCCCCUGCAGUGUCAUGGAGCAAGGAGGGGGCUCGUCUGGGCAGCCGGGGAGGGGGGUACCGCAUCCUGCCCACAGGGGCCCUGGAGAUCAGGCAGGCACUGCCCGCACACGCUGGUCACUACACAUGCACUGCGAGGAGCACUGCUGGCACAGCCCGAAAGCAUCUCCGGCUCAUGGUGCACGACCCCCCUGCCUUGAAGCCCCUGCCCGGCAUGGUGAUGGUGAUGGUCAACACCAGCACGGUGCUGUCCUGCGAGGCAACAGGCGUCCCACAGCCGGAGGUCAGCUGGCAGAAGGAUGGUGUUGGCAUUGCUGGAGGGCCUGGGCUGAAGCUGCUCCCUAAUGGGCAGCUCCAUCUCCUCCGAGCCUCCCCAAAGGAUGCAGGCACCUACCUGUGUGUGGCUCGCAACCCAUCGGGCACUGCUGCAGGGAGGACCAGGCUCAUCGUGCAAGUGCCCCCCGUCAUCGCGGCUGGCCCAGCAGAGCUGGCUGUGUUGGAGGGGCUGGAGGUGCUGCUGCCCUGUGCUGCCCGCGGUGUUCCUGAGCCUCGUGUAUCCUGGAGCCGGGAUGGAGCCCCAGUGCGGGGCGGCGGGGGGAAGGCCACUGUCCUGCCCUCCGGGGACCUGCUGCUCCGUGAUGUCCAGGAAGGGGAUGCCGGGAGCUACUCCUGCACCGCAGUGAACUCAGCUGGGAGGGCUGUCCGCCGGCUCUCCCUCUCCAUCCACACCCUGCCCACCUUCACCCGCCUGCCCCAGGACGUCACCCUGAGCCGGGGCGAGCGGCUGGAGCUUGUGUGCGCCGCCACGGGCAGCCCCCAGCCCCGUGUAUCCUGGAUGUCCAACGGGCAGCUCAUCACUGAUGGUGUGUCAGAGCAGAGCAGCUGGAGCACCCUGCGGCGGGAGGCAGCCACCCGUGCCGACAGUGGGACCUACAUCUGCCACGCAGAGAACAGUGCGGGUGCCAUCAGGGCCACUGCCUUUGUCUCCAUCAGAGAGGCACCCAUCAUACAUGGGGACCCCAGCGCCUACCAGGUGGAGCACCCCGGGGACGAUGCCCUCCUCCACUGCGAUGCUCGGGGCCACCCCCUGCCCCUCAUCCGCUGGAGCAAGGAUGGGGUGCCAGUAGUGGCCGGUGGGCGCCUGCGUCUGCUGCACAAUGGCUCCUUGGCCAUCCGUGCUGUGGGGAACACCGACGCAGGGCACUACCGCUGCGUGGCUGAGAAUGAUGCAGGCACAGCGGCAAAGGUGGUCACUCUGGCCCUACAAAGUGCCCCCUUGGUGGUGGUGAUGCCACGGGUGGCAGUGGUGCGAGCUGGGCAGCGGGUGCUGCUGCACUGUGCCGUGUCGGGGGAGCCCACCCCAUCUGUGGAGUGGCGGCGUGAUGGGGAGCCACUGCCUGAGGGUCCCCGCGCCCGCAUCCUGCCCAAUGCCACGCUGCUCCUGCCCGCCGCUGCCCGCCGUGAUGCUGGCAGAUACUCCUGCCUCGCUCGCAACACCAUGGGGGCUGCUGUCGCCCAUGCCUCCCUGGCUGUGCAAGGGGAGCCACGCCGGGUGCGGGGCAGCCUGGCCGGGGCCAUCAACACCCAUGAGCUCGGUGUCACCACCCUUGAUGCCAGCGUGCUGGAUGACCCACGGUCCGGCACCACCGCGGUCCGGAGCAGCAUUGGCAGCAUCCCACCCGCUGUAGGGCCACUGAUGCGGGUGCUGGUUGCUGUCAUUGCCCCCAUUUACUGGUCCUUGGUGCUCACCAGUGGUGAUGCCCGGAGCGGGCUCCUGCUCACCCGGGGCAUAUUCCAGCAGGAAUCACAGCUGGAGUUUGGCACAGGGGAGAUCCUGCGGGUCACCCACCUCUCCCGGGGCGCGGAUGCUGCUGGUGCUCUGCUGCUGGACACCGUGAUCAGCGGCUCCGUGCCCGAGAGCAUCGGCGAUGCCGCGGUGCUGCUGCAGGACUUCAAUGAGCGCUAUGUGCAGACAGGCGCAGGACGGCUCUCAGGGGGCUCAGUGCAGAGAUUCCUGCGGGAUGGGCACAUCAUCCGUGCCCGCUGCAAUCACACCAUCAUGUAUGACCCCCCCGUGGGCCUCCAGCCCCCACGGGUGCAGCACGUCCGGGCCAGCGCCAUCAAAACCUCCUAUGACCCAGCCUCAGAGCAGCUCCGCUUCCAGCUCCGUGCCUCGCUUGAUGCUGUGGCUGAUGAAGACCAGUGCCCACUGGGAUUCAUCCUGGACCGUGGGCAGCUGCACUGCAUUGAUGUUGAUGAAUGUGCCGAGGGGUCCCACACCUGCCGCUACAACCAGCUCUGCCAGAACACUGCAGGGACCUACCGCUGCGUCUGCCCUCCCGGCUACCACUCGCUGGGCACUGGCUGGCCAUGCCUGGACAUAAACGAGUGCCUGCAGUUUCCUCCUCCAUGUGCCUUUGAGUGCCGCAACCUGCGGGGCUCCUACGAGUGCCUGUGCCCCCCUGGCAGGACCCUGCUGCCGAGUGGAGCAUGUGGGGCAGCAGAGGCAGAUGGAGGGGACACAACGGGCAGCACCCACCAGGACACCCCCCUGCAUAGGCUGGGGCCAAGCAGCCCAUGGGGACGGUCCUUAUACACCAAGCUCACCAUUCGCCGCGUGGCGAAGGAUGUGGGGCUGAGUGCCCGAGGUCCUCCGUGCCCCAUGGGCUUCGUCAGGAGGAAUGGCACCUGCACUGACCUCGAUGAGUGCCGGAUGCUGAAGCAGUGCCAGCACGACUGCAGGAACACCCCGGGCAGCUAUCGCUGCAUCUGCCCCCCUGGGUACCAGCUGCUGCCCAAUGGGAGGAGCUGCCACGAUGUGGAUGAAUGUGCAGAGGGCAUGAUCCAGUGUGCUUCGAAUCAGAUGUGCUUCAACACCCAUGGAGGUGCCCAGUGUGUGGAUGUGCCGUGCCCAGCCGGGUACCGGAGGGGCUCCAGCCCUGGGCUGUGUGUGGGUCUCUGCGCCCCAGACUGUGGCUCGGCUGGUCCCCCCACGCUGCGGUACGAGCUGCUCACAUUGCCCCUUGGCAUCGCUGCCGGCCGGGCCGUGGUUCACCUCACCCCGGGCUCUGCCCUCCGCCACCAUCCCCUCUUCACGCUGCUGGAGCGGGAGCCGGGCAGCCCCUUCGCCCUCCGCACCGAGCAGGGACGUGGCAUCGUCUUCACCCUGCGCCCGCUGCGGGACCCCGGCACCCACCGCCUCAAGGUGCAGGCGCUGGCCCCGGGCGGGCAGCAGGCACCCAGUAUCUUCAUCCUCCUCAUCUCCAUCUCGCCCUACCCCUACUGACACAGCCGAGGGACAGGAGAGGAUGUGGGGUCUUAUCUCCUCCUGUCCCUCGCCACUGUGGCUCAGGGAGAGCUGAGCUUGCACCCUUCCUCUCCCCGCAGACCCCUUGGCUGCCCCUUCACCCUUGUCUGGUCCCUGACUCAGCAGGGCCCUGGGGGGAACAAGGUGUCCCACCAGCCUCUUGCAAUCGGGUUUUGUUGCAACCUGCAGCCCCAGAGCAAACAGAGCUCUGGGUGGCCUUGGCCAUUAUCAGUCCUUGGACAGGGGAUGAGCUGGGUGACAGCAGCCAGUGAGGGUCCCCCUGGGGUGCAGGGUGGGAUUCCCUGGGCUGGGGAAGCCUCAGGGCCGCUGGAUUUAACCACAUGUUAAACUGA